ACAUUACUGCCUCAGUCUGAAGCUCUGUAACACAGUAAGGAAUCUUUCAUUUUUUACCUGCAGAAACAGCAAAAAAAUUGCUUCAUAGUUCAAAAUAACAGAGAAAAAUCUGGAAUUGGGAAGAUGUGAACAAAGGAAGCUGACCAACAAUCCAUCUGACAUCUUGUGUGUGAGUGUGAACAGAAAGUCAGAAUACGAACUCAUACUAUGGUCAAGAUAUUAGAGGUGAAGGUAGAAAGUGUGUGUGAGCUGAUGUGGAUGAGAAUUCAGCAGCAUGGAUCAGUGUGAGGACAGACAGGAGGGAGUCCCUCCCUCUAAAACCACUCUGUGUGGGGAACAUGAGAGCCAGACCAAAGCUCAGAGGAACCAACCUGGAGCUGAACCCAGCUGUGUGUCCUUAAAGAGUGACGGAUCAAAAGCGAAUAUUUUAGAUUUUCAAAAAGCAGCAUCAAAUAAUGCAGAACCAGAUUUUUCUGGAGCUGAACCCAGCUGUGUGUCCUUAAAAAGUGACUCGUCAAUGUAUAUCCCUGUAGGUUUUAAGGAAGGACACCAUUCGGCUGCAGAAAGAGUGGACCAGGAAAGCUCAGAGGUUGCCAGAGAUCAGUCUGACUGGCAGAAUCGUGCACAUCUGGACUCCAUAUUUAGGCUGCUGGAGGAAAACAUUGUUAAUUUUGUAAAGAAUGAGCUGAAGAAGAUUCUGAACAUUCUGGAUCCAGAUUACCCAGAAUGCUUAGAAAGUCAUGGGGAGGAUGAAGAGUUGUUGAAGGCUGAGAAUGAAAAGCAGAUGAACAGCAGCAGAGAAGCAUUUGUGAAGCUCACUCUGCACUUCUUGAGGAUGAUGAAGCAAGCGCAGCUGGCUGAUCAUCUGGAGAGCAAAAUUCCCAGCAUAUGCCGGAAUAAACUUAAAUGUGCUUUAAAGAAGAAGGUCCAGUGUGUGUUUGAGGGGAUCGCUAAAGCAGGAAACCCAACCCUUCUGAAUCAGAUCUACACAGAGCUCUACAUCACAGAGGGAGAGACUGCAGAAGUCAAUGAACAUGAGGUCAGACAGAUUGAAACAGCAUUCAGGAAACCAGACAGACCAGAAACAUCAAUAACACAAGAAGACAUCUUUAAUGCCUCACCUGGAAGAGAUGAACCAAUAAGAACAGUGCUGACAAAGGGAGUGGCUGGCAUUGGGAAAACAGUCUUAACACAGAAGUUCACUCUGGACUGGGCUGAAGGCAAAGCCAACCAGGACAUCCAGUUCAUAUUUCCAUUCACUUUCAGAGAGCUGAAUGUGCUGAAAGAGAAAAAGUUCAGCUUGGUGGAACUUGUUCAUCACUUCUUUAUUGAAACCAAACAAGCAGGAAUCUGCAGCUUUGAAGACUUCCAGGUUGUGUUCAUCUUUGAUGGUCUGGAUGAGUGUCGACUUCCUCUGGACUUCCGCAAAACUAGAAUCCUAACUGAUCCUAAAAAGUCCACCUCAGUGGAUGUGCUGUUGAUUAACCUCAUCAAGGGGAAACUGCUUCCUUCUUCUCACCUCUGGAUAACCACACGACCUGCAGCAGCCAGUCAGAUCCCUGCUGAGUGUAUUGACAUGGUGACAGAGGUCAGAGGGUUCACUGACCCACAGAAGGAGAAGUACUUCAGGAAGAGAUUCAGUGAUAAGAAACUAGCUAGCAAAAUAAUCUCCCACAUCGAGACAUCACGAAGCCUCCACAUCAUGUGCCACAUCCCAGUCUUCUGCUGGAUUACUGCAACAGUUCUGGAGGAUGUUCUAAAAACCAUAGAGGGAGGAGAGCUGCCCAAGACCCUGACUGAGAUGUACAUCCACUUCCUGGUGGUUCAGGCCAAAGUGAAGAAGGUCAAGUAUGACGAAGGAGUUGAGACAGAUCCACACUGGAGUCCAGAGAGCAGGAAGAUGAUUGAGUCUCUGGGAAAACUAGCUAUUGAUCAGCUGCAGAAAGACAACCUGAUCUUCUAUGAAUCAGACCUGACAGAGUGUGGCAUCGAUAUCAGAGCAGCCUCAGUGUACUCAGGAGUGUUCACACAGAUCUUUAAAGAGGAGAGAGGACUGUACCAGGACAAGGUGUUCUGCUUCAUCCAUCUGAGUGUUCAGGAGUUUCUGGCUGCUCUUCAUGUCCAUCUGACCUUCAUCAACUCUGGAGUCAAUCUGCUGGAAGAACAACAAAAAAACACCCAGACAGAGAAUCACUUCUAUCAGUGCGCUGUGAACAAGGCCUUGCAAAGCACUUCAGGACACCUGGAUUUAUUUCUGCGUUUCCUCCUGGGUCUUUCAGUGCAGAAAAAUCAGAAUCUCCUACAAGGUCUCCUGAAACAGACAAGAAUUAGUCCCCAGACAAAUCAGGAAACAAUUAAUUACAUCAAGAAGAAGCUCAGUGAGAGUCUGUCUGCAGAGCAAAAGAUUAACGUGUUCCACUGUUUACAUGAACUGAAUGAUCGUUCUCUAGUGGAGGAGAUCCAAAGGUCCCUGAAUUCAGGAAGUCUCUCUACAAAUGAAUUGUCUCCUGCUCAAUGGUCAGCUCUGGUUUUUAUCCUACUGUCAUCUGAUGACCUGGAUGUAUUUGACCUGAAGAAAUACUCUGCUUCAGAGCAGGCUCUUCUGAGGCUGCUGCCCGUUGUCAAAGCUUCUGAAAAAGCUCUACUUAGUGGCUGCAACCUCUCAGAGAGAAGCUGUGAAGCUCUUUGCUCAAUACUCAGCUCCCAGUCCUCUAGUCUGAGAGAUCUGGACCUGAGUAACAAUGACUUGAAGGAUUCAGGAGUGGAAGUGCUGUGCCGAGGACUGGAAUCUCCACAUUGUGAACUGGAAACACUCCGGGUCAUUCUGGAGCCUGCUGGAGAACAAUGGCUGAGACCAGGUCUGAGGAAGUAUUCCUGUCAACUCACAAUCGACACAAACACAGUGAACAGAAAACUCAUACUGUCUGAUAACAACAGGAGGGUGACACGUGUGGAGGAGGAUCAGUCAUAUCCUGAUCAUCCAGACAGAUUUGAUGGUGAUUGUCAGCUUCUAUGUAAAGAUGGUCUCAUCAGUUGCUGUUAUUGGGAGGUUGAGUGGAAAGGAGAGGUUUAUAUAUCGGUGAGUUACAGAAGAAUUUCAAAAAACGGAGACAGCAAUGCCUUUGUCUUUGGAAGGAAUGAUCAGUCCUGGUCUCUGUUCUGCUCUGAUGUUAAGGGUUACUCUGUCUUACACAGUAACACAGAAAUAUAUCUGCAAUCCUCCUCCUCUGUCUCUAACAGAGUAGCAGUGCAUGUGGAUCAUCCUGCUGGCACUCUGUCCUUCUACCGAGUUUCCUCUGACACUCUGAUUCACCUCCACACCUUCAACACCACAUUCACUGAACCUCUUUAUCCUGGAUUUACAGUCUGGUUUCCUGGUUCCUCAGUGUGUCUGUGCCGAGUUGAGUGUACAGAGUGUUCUCCUGUUAGAGAAACACUUUGACUGUUAAACAGAUAGUUCAGUCUGUACAUGUCUGUCUCUUUCAAUCAGAAACACAGUUUCAGAUAAUCAGUCAGUUAUAAAUAUUCUAAAUGAUUCCUUGUAAACAUCUUCCUCUUCAGCCCUUUAAAGGUGGAAGCUACAAUUAUUUCAGGAUCCACAUGUUUUUCUUUCUGUUUUUUUACACUCAAAGCUUCACAUUGAAUAUUGGUAUAUUGUUAUUGGUAGGUUUACGACACCAACUGUCUGCCAUCUAUAAUCCAGUUUUGAGCCCACUCAAAUCCUGGGCCAUCUGACCUCAGGAAAUGUGUUUUGAGUUAUGUUCAAAAAAGAUCUGGAAUUAAAACAGGACUACAAUAGUUAAUUCACAAUGGUUAAUUCACAGUAAAUUCAGGACUACUUUAGGCCACCAUUUCCCACCAAUUUACUCAGAACCAGAAUCUUUUUUUUUUCAAAUUGUAAAACAUCAAAUCAGACUAAAUGUUUAU